CGUGACCGUCCGCCCCCCGCCCCACAGAUGGUGCAGUCACUGGGCUUCGCCAUCUACCGCGCGCUGGACUGGGGCCUGGACGAGAGCGAGGAGCGCGAGCUCAGCCCGCAGCUGGAGCGCCUCAUCGACCUCAUGGCCAACAGCGACUGCGAGGACAGCAGCUGCGCGGCGGCGGACGAGGGCUACGGAGGCCCGGAGGAGGAGGAGGAGGCCGAGGGCGGCCCCCGCGCCGUGCGCACCUUCGCCCAGGCCAUGCGGCUCUGCGCGGCGCGCCUGACGGACCCCCGGGGCGCCCGGGCGCACUACCAGGCCGUGUGCCGCGCGCUCUUCGUGGAGACGCUGGAGCUGCAGGCCUUCCUGGCCAGGGUCCGCGAAGCCAAGGAGAUGCUACAGAAGCUUCGCGAGGACGAGCCCCAGGCGGAGAAGCCACAAGUCGAGCUCGACAGCCUGGGUCACACGGACUGGGCCCGGCUGUGGGUCCAGCUCAUGCGCGAGCUCCGCCACGGCGUGAAGCUCAAGAAGGUGCAGGAGCAGGAGUUCAACCCCCUCCCCACCGAGUUCCAGCUCACGCCCUUCGAGAUGCUGAUGCAGGACAUCCGGGCCCGGAACUACAAGCUGCGCAAGGUCAUGGUGGACGGGGACAUCCCGCCCAGGGUGAAGAAGGACGCACACGAGCUCAUCCUGGACUUCAUCCGCUCUCGGCCGCCGCUGAAGCAGGUCUCAGAGAGACGGCUCCGCCCAUUGCCGCAGAAGCAGCGGACUCUACACGAGAAGAUCUUGGAAGAAAUCAAGCAAGAGCGGAGGCUGCGCCCGGUGGGCGGCAAGGGCUGGGCCGCUCGUGGGUUUGGCUCCCUGCCCUGCAUCCUGGAUGCCUGCUCCGGAGAGGCCAAGUCCACCUCCUGCAUCAACCUGUCUGUCUCAGACGCUGGGAGCGGCGUCCAGCGCCCGCGGCCCCGGGUGCUGCUGAAGGCGCCCACCUUGGCCGAGAUGGAGGAGAUGAACACGUCUGAGGAAGAAGAGUCCCCGUGUGGGGAGGUGACGCUGAAGCGGGAUCGCUCUUUCUCGGAGCACGACCUGGCCCAGCUUCGCAGUGAGGUGGCCUCUGGCCUGCAGCCGGCCUCCCAGCCCCCAGGAGGGACGGAGCCCCCGCGGCCCCGAGCGGGCAGUGUGCACGCGUGGAGGCCUGGCACCCAAGACCAAGGUUCCUGUCCUGGGAGUGUCCAGUCCCGGCCGGACCCCAGCUGCUCCCUGCCCAGCAACCUGGGCUCCACAGAGGACAGACCAGAGACUUCCGUGGCCCCAGAAGCCAAACACCUGUGGCUGGAGUUCAGCCACCCCGUGGAGAGCCUGGCCCUGACCGUGGAGGAGGUGAUGGACGUGCGUCGUGUGCUGGUCAAGGCCGAGAUGGAGAAGUUCCUCCAGAACAAGGAGCUCUUCAGCAGUCUGAGGAAAGGGAAGAUUUGCUGCUGCUGCUGGGCCAGGUUCCCGCUGUUCUCGUGGCCACCUACCUGUCUCUUCUGCAAACGAGCCGUCUGCACUUCCUGUAGCGUGAAGAUGAAAAUGCCAUCUAAGAAGUUUGCACACAUCCCUGUCUACACGCUGGGCUUUGAGAGUCCUCGGACGACAUCGACCGCCAAAACCACGCCAGCCCAGAGAAGAGACGUGUUCCAGUCCCUGCAGGGGCCGCAGUGGCGAAGCGUGGAGGAGGAGUUCCCCCACAUCUACACGCACGGCUGUGUCCUGAGGGACGUCUGCAGCGACUGCACCAGCUUUGUGGCCGACGUGGUGUGCUCCAGCCGCAAGAGCGUGGACGUCCUCAACACUACACCGCGACGCGGCCGCCAGACCCAGUCCCUCUACAUCCCUAACACCAGGACUCUUGACUUCAAGUGAAGGCCCGCGGUGGCCAGGCCCCAGGGAGGAGCCAGGCUGAGACGCUGGGGCCCUGCUGCCGCCGCCCUCCUAAGCUGUGCAUGUACAUAUAUACAUAUAUAGAUACAUUUAUAUA